UAAAAUGUUUGCGUUUUCACAAUUUAUCAUAUUUAGUGUCACUGUUUUAACGGUACUGCUGUUUUCCAGUUAUCUUAAUUUCGUAUACUACUUUGAUAUUUACAAGCAGUGGUUUUUUAACAUUAAUGAUUUUCAAUUGUACGAUUUUAUCGUUGUUGGAGCUGGCACGGCAGGUGCGACUUUAGCUACGAGACUGGCCGAAUAUGGAUAUAAAAUAUUAUUGCUCGAAGCUGGAGGAGUUGCACCACCUUUUUUGGAUAUUCCACUUUUAGCUCCUCUAAUUCAGAAUACCCCAUACGACUGGCAAUACAUUACUGUACCUCAACAAAAUGCUUGCAAGGGUUUAAAGAACAAUCAAAGUAAAUGGCCAAUGGGUAAGCUUCUGGGUGGAACUAGUCGAUUAAAUUACAUGCUUCAUGUUCGAGGACAUCCUUUAGAUUAUAAUGAAUGGCUUUCAGAUUUUACUGAACCCACUACAAAGAAUGGUGGACCAAUGUGUGUAAGUGAUUUAAAAUGGGAUACUGGUCUUGCUGAUACCAUUUUGAAAGGACUGCAAGAAUUGCAUCAAGAUAUUGGCAACAUCAAUGAUAAUUUAAAAACUGGUUUCAUGAAAGCACAGUUGUCUAUAGAAAAUGGGAAACGGUGGAGUACGGACAAGUUAUUAUGUGAACAUAUUAAGAAGAAUUUAACCAUUAUCACUCAUGCUCAUGUUCAGAAAGUAUUAAUGGAAUUAAACAGAGCAGUAGGGGUACAGUUUACUGUAUCAAAUAAGACAUUUAAAGCAAUUGCAAAAGAAGGUGUUGUUCUAAGUGCUGGUACAAUUGGUACUCCAAAAAUAUUAAUGUUAUCUGGUAUUGGACCAAGAGAACACUUGCAAGAUUUAAAAAUAAACGUAAUUAAUGAUUUACCAGUUGGUCAACAUUUAGUAGAUCAUGUUCUUACUGGGAUUGAUUUAGUUAUGCUUAAUGUAAGCAUAGGUCUCAGUAUGAUUGAUACUUUGAACCCUAUGUCAGCAUUAAAGUACUUUAUUUUUGGGAAAGGACCUUGGACAUUUACAGGAGUUGAAGUUUUAGGAACAUUUCAUAGUUCUUUUCAACAAAAUAAAUCUGAUGUACCAGAUUUACAAAUAAUGGUAAUGCCACUUGGAUUAUCAAAGGAUAAUGGUGUUGUUCUAAAAAAAGCUAUGGGAAUUUCUGAAAAGGUUUAUAAUGAGUACUUUUUCCCCAUUUCACACAAGAAUACAAUAACAAUUGCCCCCGUUUUAUUACAUCCAAGAAGCAAAGGAGAAAUCAAAUUGAGCAGUCGCGACUCUUUUGAUCCGCCUUUAAUUGAUCCGAACUAUUUAUCAAAUAAAGAUGAUACUGCAAUUCUCAUAGAUGGAUUACGAUUUGUGAAAAAACUCGUUGAAACAAAUGCUAUGAAAAGUGUUGGUGCAUCUAUUUAUGAAAAACAUUUUCCUGGUUGUGAGAAUGAAACAUUUGAUAGUACAAAAUAUUGGGAAUGUUACAUACAACAUUUAACUUUAACUUCGUAUCAUCCCGCUGGUACAUGUCGUAUGGGUGAUGUGGUCGAUCAAACGUUUAAGGUUUAUCGUACCAAAAAUUUAUAUGUAAUCGACGCAUCUGUACUUCCAUCUUUACCAAGUGGUAAUAUUAAUGCUGCAGUUCUAAUGAUUGCUGAAAAAGCUGCCCAUAUAAUCAAACAAAGUACAAAAAUUCGCGUAAACAAUAGAAAAUGUUACAAACCAUACAACUAUUACUAUAUACCUGAUGAUUAA